AGAAAGAAAGAAAGAAAGAAAGAAAGAAAGAAAGAAAGAAAGAAAGAAAGAAAGAAAGAAAGAAAGAAAGAACUGGAAAGUUGGAGAUUUCAGAAUCAUAGUUGUGCAAUCAGUGUGCGAGGGAGAAGGGGCCAGCAAGUUCCUAGGAAUAGGUGGAGCGGGUUGACACUUUGCUGUUGGUAGAGGUCCAGUAACUUCUGUGUACUUAAAGUGUGCACGCACACACACACACACACACACACACACACACACACACACACACACACACACACACCCUAACAAUGAUAAACUACGUAACUUCUACGAAAAUGGAGAUUAUAGUGUGUCCCUGGGAAGAUGCUGAAUAUCUAUGUCUGAGAGAGUCAUAACGCUUUCUCCUCCAUAUGGGUUGGAACCUGUCAAGCCUUCCUGAAGGCAGGAGGUGGGAUGAAGCUGUUGUUUCUUUCUCCCUGGCCCUGUGAUCAAAUACCCCAUGGAGCAAGGCAGACUGCAAUCUUGGGGACAAAGGCGGUUCCACGUACUAUACUUUGACUACAAAUUUGAUGGAAGAAACUGAGAACAGGAUAAAGAAGGAAGAAUUUAUCAAUAAGCCUCAGUUUCCUCUAUCCCUAAAACCAGCUGCAUGAGAUAAGGGAGGGGAAUACCCAAGGCCCAGAUUGAGGAAACAGCUGCCCAAGGAGUUGAAAGUACUUUCUCACUUUACAAAGGACCAAACCAUGCCUUUUGGGAAAAGAUGGGUGGAACUAGAGGUGAUCACACUGCAUGAAAUAAGGAAGUGAAAUAAGGAAGUGAAAGAGAAUUACUGGACAGUGAGCUCAUAGGUGGAAGAUUAAGUAAAAGAACUGGUAAAAAGAAACUGAACUGAUAACUAGUUCCUGGACUUGGAAAAAAAGUGAUGGUGGUUACUGGAGGGAAGGAUACAAAGGCUUCUGCAAGGCACCAUGGCUAACAUUGCCAAGUCCUUCUACGACCUCAGUGCCAUCAGCCUGGAUGGGGAAAAGAUCGAUUUCAAUACCUUCCGAGGCAGGGUCGUGCUCAUUGAGAAUGUGGCCUCUCUCUGAGGCACAACCACGCGGGACUACACUCAACUCAAUGAGCUGCAAGCCCGCUUUCCCAGGCGCCUGGUGGUUCUCGGCUUCCCUUGCAACCAAUUUGGACAUCAGGAGAACUGUCAGAAUGAGGAGAUCCUGAACAGCCUCAAGUACGUCCGCCCGGGGGGUGGAUUCCAGCCCACCUUUACCCUUGCCCAGAAGUGUGAGGUGAAUGGUCAGAAUGAGCAUCCAGUCUUCGCCUACCUGAAGGAUAAGCUCCCCUACCCCUACGACGACCCCUCUUCUCUCAUGACCGAUCCCAAGUUCAUCAUUUGGAGCCCCGUGCGGCGCUCCGAUGUGGCCUGGAACUUUGAGAAGUUCCUUAUCGGGCCAGAGGGGGAGCCCUUCCGCCGCUACAGCCGCACCUUCCAGACCAUCGACAUAGGGCCGGACAUCACGCGCCUCCUCAAAGUGGCCAUAUAGAAGAGAGCGGCUCAGCGCCCCCAUCUCUCCACCCAGCCUCUUGUGAACCUUCCUCGGAUUCAGCGUGCCUUCAGGACACGCUGCUGGAGCACGGCUUCCCUUGACAUCGGUCUCCUGUGCGUUAGAAUUUUGCCCUUCCUGUCUGCCCGUUUCCUUCCCCGUUCCCCCCAACUUUCUGGUGGGUGAUGCAACUCGGAUUCCCAAAGCUGGGGCAAACUCUGGGCCUUCGCAGAAUGAUGGCACCUCCCUAAAUCCAUGGGGUGGUGUCUGAGGCGUGCGAGGGCCUGGAAACAGCCUGCUAGACAAGUCUAAUAAAAGAACCAGUGUGGAAAAACA